GUGUAGAGUAGCAUUGUGAUUCCUCCAAUGUUGAGCAGGGCUGGACUGUUGGAAGGUGUCGACGACAAACGGGAUCCUCAAAUCCAGCGGAUCAUGAGAAAAAAAAUCAAUUCCGCAUCUCUCACUGACCAGACAAUCACAUCGACGCUCCCAAUCAGAUAAUUGACCAGAUUGCAAGUCUUUCUUGUCUGUGAUCUUUCUCCGCAGUUGCAGUAGUGCAGUCAUUGAAAUAGUUCGACCAGACAGCUGUGGCGCGGGGCCCAGCGCAAGCCCUCCGACGAUUACGAUGGAAUACCUGAUCCGCUUCGCCCAGGUCCACGAGUCUUUCCGACAGCCUGAGAUCCAGGCGCUGGCCGACUUGGCCGGCAUUGAUCUCGAGUUCGUCUACUACGAUAAAUAUUCCCCAUUCUGCGUCAUCAGAGUCCCCGAUGAAGCCGCGGCGCGCACGCUCAUCGCCCGCAGCAUCCUAGCGAAGGACAUCUUCGAGCUCUGGGGCUAUGGCACCAACCUGGACGAGGUGCACGCGGAUGUCCGCAGGCGGACGACCGAGGCCCGCUGGGCCGACUUCCAGACGGACUCGUUCCGCUUCACGGUCGACAGCUUCGCGGGCAAACGCAGCAACGACAAGAAGCGCGAGAUCAUCCAGUCGUUCUCCUUCCUCGGCUUCCAGGGUCCCAUCCGCAUGAAGAGCCCGGACCAGGACUUUUGGGUUCUGGAGGACUACGGCUGGGAUGUAGCUGCCACUGACGCGGCCGCUGCAACUCCCGAGGGACGCAGCAGCACCCCCAUCUUGCGCCCCGUUCCAGAAGGCCAGGAACCCAAGCGGAUCUGGUUCGGCCGCUGGCUGGCCAACAGCAGCCGCGACGUGAUCAACAAGUACGACCUCAAGAAGCGGCGGUACAUCAGCACGACGUCCAUGGACGCGGAGCUGACGCUGAUCACGGCGAACAUGGCCCACGCGGCGCCGGGCAAGCUGUUCUACGACCCCUUCGUCGGCACGGGCAGCUUCCUCGUGGCGAUGGGCCACUUCGGGGCCCUGAACUUCGGGUCGGACAUCGACGGCCGCAGCUUCCGCGGCAAGGAGAUGAUCGAGCGCGGCGGCACCAUGGGCGUGCUCGCCAACUUCCAGCAGUAUGAGAUCGUCGGCCAGUUCCUGGAUGUCUUCUCCUCCGAUCUGACGAAUACGCCGCUGCGCGCGCAGCCGUUCCUCGACGGGAUCGUCUGCGAUCCGCCGUACGGGGUGCGCGAGGGGCUGAGGGUGUUGGGGAGGCGGGAGGGGCUCCGGAACGAGGAGGUGAUUAUCGAUGGGGUGCCGGCUCAUCUUCGACCCGGUUACAUUGCUCCGAAGAAGCCCUACGGCUUCGAGGCCAUGCAGAACGAUAUUCUCGACUUCGCCGCUCGGACUCUCGUUAUCGGUGGACGCAUGUGCAUGUGGAUGCCUACCGCCAACGACGAGGAUCUCGAGCUAGACACGCCCAUGCACCCGAACCUGGAGGUUCUGAGUGUGUCCGUUCAGCCCUUCUACAACUGGUCCCGUCGACUCAUCACCUACCGCAGACUCCCCGAAGGACAAGUAUCGGAUGUGUCCAAGGGACGCAGCAGACUCGACUCAGAGGGAGUCUACGCUGAUCAAUUGAAUUCCUUCCGAAAGAAGUACUUCACCAAAAACCCGCAGUACGACAACAAAGAGCCCAGAUCAGGCAGCGCCACGCCGGCCCCAUGAUACCAGAAUAGCCUCUAGUAUGCAUUUAUCUUAAAAAUCCAUCAUGUCAUGCUCAUCAUACUCACACCAAGAACCUGGAAUGGAUGC